AUGGCUGGUCGAAUUGCGAGUUUGGAGCGCAGCCUUGCCGAGGCGACUACGCUUGGCAAUCUGUCCAGCAACAGCAUCAAACCACGCACGAUUGCAGAUGAGCAAGACUCGCCCAAAGACUUGCUAUUACAUAAGGGUUCAACUGGCCAGUACCUUAACGAAAUACUGGUAUCUCGAGUCGUUGGUGAAGACGAAAGUAUUGCGACUGCUCUUGCGACAUCGCAGCAAGAGCAAAGAGAUCUUCCAAGCUCUCCCUUUGAUGUAAUGGGAAUCAUGUCUUCUCCCUGCCAUAUCCAGCAUCCUUCUGCAUUUCACCCUGGCAAAGCUACUGCCAUCGAGCUUUGGAAUAUCUACCUGAACAAUGUCGAAAUCAUCCUGGGAAUGAAGUUGACGCACAUCCUUACCGAUGAAGUCACAGUUUAUUCAACAAUAGAUGACCCUGUCACUGCAAAACUUGACGACCUUGCAUUUUGCUAUAGUAUCUACUUUGCAGCGGCUGUGUCGCUUGAAGAGCCGACGUCGCUGUUCCUGGAUAAGACCCUUGAGCUCCGGCGUUUCAAAAUGGGCAUCGAACAGGCCUUCUCUCAUGGAGACUUUCUUAAUCGGCCUACAUUGACUGGUCUACGAGCUUUAGCUAUAUACCUCUCCGCAAUCCGCGUUCAUAACCGAGGGAAGUCUGUUUGGAUUCUAGAUGGCCUUGUAAUCCGAAUAGCUCAAUCUAUUGGACUCCAUAAGGAUGGGACUAAGCUUGGGUUGCCACCUUUUGAGUCGGAGCUCCGUCGAAGACUUUGGUGGCAUAUUAUUACCAGAGAUAGCAGAUCUGGGGAAGACUUCGGCUUGGAAGACCCCAAUGACCUGCUGUCGACAUCAGACGUCAAGCUCCCCUUAAAUAUUAAUGAUGCUGAUAUCUUUCCUGAAAUGGAGGAGUUGCCAGUUGAGCGGGCCGAAUGGACCUGUAUGACGUUCUCCUUGGUCAAUUUCGACUUGGCUAGGGCUAUGGAAAAGCUCAAGCCUGGCAACGCGUCAGUUCCAAUACUCAGCAAAGAAUGGAGAGACAAAGUCGUUCAAGAAGUGUAUACCAAGACAAAGGCCAGACUGGAGAACUACAACCCAGUAACACCCCACCAAAGACUUACGGUCCACUGCACAGACUAUCUCCUACGGAAGCUCGACUUCGUCACAAACCAACAGUGGCUCUUAUCGCAGAAGAGAGGGUCAGAUGCCUCUGUGCUAAAAGAAGAAACAUUUGUCGCUGCUUUGAACAUUCUGGAGGCGAGGACGGCGGGCGAUGAUCCUUUUCUAGCGCAGUUCGCCUGGGCUAGGAAGGUUCAUCCACAAUACCACGUAACAUUAUAUGUUCUGUGGUAUUUGUGCACUAAGCCGCAAGGUUUGCACGUCGAGCGCGCAUGGCUGCUUAUUGAUAGCAUCUUCGAGCAGGAAAUGGCUUUGGACAUCAUAGGUUGUACUGGCGCUAAACCGGCUGUUCUGAAGGCGCUGAGGACCAAGGCCGAAACACUUCGGAAGAAAGCUGAAUGCAACACAGAUCCUGCCAUGCCGACUGACAUGGAACAUAUUGAAGACCCUUUAAAAUUUAUUGAAGGCUUCAAUUUUGAUGACGAGGUUUUUGAAGAUGGACUGAUCUUCCUGUUUACUGGUGCCAACCGGGGGAUUGGCUAUGCCAUUGUGCAAGCCAUCGCUACCCGACUCCCUUCAUCCACCAUCGUGCUUGGGUGUCGCAGCAAGAACGCAGCAAAAGAAGCGUUUGAAUCACUAAUUGAUAGUGGAAUUAAGAACAAACUAGGCUACGUUGAGUUGGAUAUUGAGAACGACGCUUCUAUUGAAGCAGCAGUGGUAUCUCUGGACCGGGAAUAUGGGAAACUGGACGUUCUCAUCAAUAACGCUGGCAAAGUCGAGCGAAGGCCAUCAGAUAAUCUGGCUGAUAUCCGAGCGGCGUCCAACUCUUGCUUCAACAACCUCAUUACCAGCAACGCUGUUGUCACACAUGCCUUUGGAAAACUGCUAAGAAGGAGCUCUGAGCCAAGAGUCAUCAUGAUCUCCAGCGCUCGCGGCAGUAUGGCCAGGACAAACAACAAAGAGCUCCCUCCUGUGGCAAACAUUGACUAUUGCGUCUCCAAAGUCGGUCUUAACAUGCUCAUGUUGCAUUUACAAGCUGCCGAGAACCACAGUGAGGAUGAACCCAAGAUAAAAUUCUGGGCUGUGAGUCCAGGACACUGCAAGACGGCUUUUAACGGCUACAGGGGUAGGAAGGAUCCCCUAGAAGGAGCCGAGGCAGUCGUGAGGCUGCUUGAGUCGGCCAAGGGGGACAUUGAACCUGGGACAUUUUGGGAGUAUGAGAAUGGUAGCUUCCAGCAAGUUCCUUGGCAAAUGUUCUCCAGUGCUUCCGUCACCCGCAAGGGCAACUCUUUAGCAAUUUCUCCAAACCAUGCCAGAGCUCUCUCAGUUGCGCCAAAACCUAUCCUCAUCAGCAACGCCGGCGUUCCUGCCGAUGUGGGAGCAAUCGUCGGUUUCGAAGAAGCCGAGUUUCGUCGGGGCAUCGAACUCAGAGUCAUUGGCUCCUUCAAUACCCUCCAGUCCUUCAGACCUUUCCUAACCAGCAAUGCCUAUGCUAGGUAUACUGCCAUCAAAGCCGCUACCUUAAAGAUGUGCGAGUACCUGCAGGACGAUAAUCCCGAGUGGCGCUUUGUUCAGAUUCAGCUUGGCCUCGUUCGUGUGGAGCUGAACGAGAGCUUUGAUAUUGUUGGCCAGGAUGACCGUAAGUCACCCUAA